AUGGCGGCUUCAGGAUGUCUGGUUGGGCGUCUGGCAUUAGUUACGGGUAAGCCUUUGUUUUGUGAUCUACAUCUACAACUUUAAUCUGUAACGGUUUCCCAUUAUAUAGAUGCCAAUGAGCUAUCCCUAAGGAAUUUAAAAAGGGGAGAAAGAUAUUUUAUACUAGAAAUACGUGAAUCGCGCGCAGGACCUCGAGAAGGACUUCAGGGGAAGGGCAAGAAGUUGAAAGGGAAAUGAGGCAAUAGGGAAGAAAAUUUAUAAAUUUAAGAAAACAUAAGCUAUUUAAAGAAACAAAACAAAAGUAUAAUAACUAAGAAGAAAACUAGACGAAAAUGAAAAGAGAAAAAAAAAGAAGAGAAGACAAGAGAACAGAAAAAGAAAAACAGGUGCUAAUUUCAGAACCUUCAGCGCCGGGUCGUAUCGUUACCACUAUGCCACGUGGAACACACUGCGAAGGUAUCGAAAAUUUUCAUUAAAACCCUUUCCCCUAGAACUUCCACCAGCGCGCCCUGUAUAAUGUUGAUUGAGCCCUAUUAAACACAAAUUCAAAGAUAUUUUUCAGAAGAAUGACUGCUGUUUUGAUGGUGAAAACUUUACGUAAACCAUUUCAUGGCAUUUAAAGAACACCAUCACGAUACAUACGACAGAUUGGCUGGCUGACUUUGCAGGUCACUAACAUCACGCCCAGUACACGUACUUCACGCGUAACAAGAUGAUAAACCUCUUGAGGCAAGGCACCUUCAGCACCUCGCUUUGCAUGCCCAAGAUGAUUCAUGAUUGGCCUGUUGUUUAAAAUGCCAUUGACGAUUUGCUAAUCAGGCUGAAGAGUAAUUUGCAAUGUAUUUCCAAUUAUUUGUUCACUCCAUUGGGUGCCCAGAUAAAGGAUAUAGGCCCAGCACAGGUAACACAGGCUCACUAUUUGUGUCACGUACUGGUGAAACUUCGUGUGCAUAUUAAGGACAACAACAACUCGCCACAUGGUAAGUUUCAUUGAUUUUUAUUUCCAUUCACCAGCAAAUUUCCAGACCUAAACUUCACCCCAUAUGUUCUUUAUAUUUACUCAUGUUAUAUGAAACCCAUAUGUGACACAAAUAGUGAACCUGGGUUAUCUGUGGGCCCAGCAGAUACUGUGAUGCAGGCUACCAUUCUUCUGAAUCAGUGUUCUCCCUAGGCUAGGCGGAGCAACAGGUAUUUCAAAGACAAAAUCACUCAAUAAAGUUGAUGAAACAUUGUCUGGUGCAUUUGUUUGUGUGUUUUCUCCCAAGUUAUUGCUAAAGGUGAUUUACCACUGAAUUAAUAUGUUCAAAGCUGUGAUGCAUUUGUUUUUUUGAUUGGCAGCCAUCUUUAAAUUGUUCCAGAAACACAAGGGCCCUUCAAGGAGCCUAUAUUGAGUACUAAAGGAAAUUCCUGCUAUUGCAGUCAACCCAAGAUGCAAGGAACUAAAACAGUGUUAUUGAUGAUAAAAGUGACUAAAAAUUCGUCUGUAAUUUGUGCUUUAAUUAAGUGUUAUUCUUGCUAGAACACUGCUGAUUGGAUUUAAUUACAUGUAUCUCUUAAAAUUUGUUUGAUAUUUAAGGUGCUGCUAGUGGAAUUGGGCGAGCCAUCUGUCAGGCUUUAGCCUCGGAGGGUGCUGGUGUUAUUGUAACAGAUCAAAACAGUCAAGGGACACAGGAAACACUAGACAGCUUACCAAAACAUGCCAGUUUGGAACACAAAAACUAUUCCUUAGAUGUGUCAAGUGAGGAGGAAAUCUCUAAAGUGUUAGAGAACAUCAUAAGUGUGUACAAGAAACCACCCUGUAUUUUGGUCAAUUGUGCUGGCAUCAUCAGUGAUAACGUCUUACUAGACAUGGAUGAAGAGAAGUCUGGUAACAUUUUACUCAAUCUCAAGGUACUAUGCUCUUAGGACUUAUUAAAUGAGUGGGAGGACCAGAGAGGAAAAUGUUUGGCUCGAGGUCAGGACGUACACUACAGAUCAAGGAGACCCAAAUAUAAAUCCCAUCUGGCCCAACCUAACUCAGUCAGUAAAUAUUUCAUCAUAUGACCUACUGCUGUGUUUUUUUCAAACUGACUUCCUGAUAUAUUUACUAGAUAUGACUGUGUAAUCAGAUAUGCUCUGGAUAAAUUAUUUUUAAAAUUAAUAAUCAAUGUUGUUUAUAUUCCUGUGGCAUAUUAUUUUUCCAGGGGACCACUACAAUAACUGAAGCUGUUGUAAAAGUCAUGGUUGAUCAUGGUGUUAAAAAUGGUUCUGUUGUGAAUUUACAUGCUAAUUUUUUGGGAAAGGUGAGAGAAAUUUACAUGAUCUAA